GCGAAGGCGAAGGCUAUGUAUGCGUUCUCAAUUACUCCGUUGCUGAAGAGUACGCGAGAGGAGCUGUUUGUUAAACCAGAGGGUACCAGUCCUUGUCCGUAUGAAGCGGUUGCUCAUGCAGCCGGCGGCAAUGCGGGCCCUAUGGAUGGCAUACAGGGAGAGAAUAAGAGCUUCUUCUACGGUAUGUGA